AGACAGGAGGAGGAGGAGGAGACACAAGCACACAGAGCAGACAUAAACUUUCAAUUAGUUGAAUUCUAUUCAAGAUGUUGGACUGGAGUAAUAUGAGUGUCUACCUUUUCCUCGCUGUUACUCUACUGCAGUGGACUGGCUUCACUAAGGCUUCUACAGAGAGAUUUGACUCUCCGAUUGUUUUGGAUGUCGGACAGCGAUCAGUAUCGAAUGAAGAGAAAUCAGCUGAUCUGGCAGCUAAACUCUUACUAUUAGAUGAGCUGGUCUCUCUAGAAAAUGAUGUGAUUGAGACAAAGAAAAAGAGAAGCUUUUCUGGUUUUGGGUCUCCUCUAGACAGGAUAUCAGCUGGUACCAGUGAAAUAAAGGGAAAGCAAAGGAAAGUUGUGGAUCUUCCAAAAAGGAGAUUCGGGAUUCCAAUUGACAGGAUUGGCAUGAACCGCCUUGCUAAUACCAGAGGCUAAAGAUUUAUAUUAUAUGUACACCCUGGAUGAUAUAUGAUACAUCACGGAUGCCACAAAAACACUUCUGAUAUCUUACAGGACUCCAAUUCCUGAUUUCUGCUACAGUGAUUAAUGAAUUGACUAUCUAUAAAUCAAUUUCACAUCCACUGUCAAAACAAUAAUAGAUCCAAUUCAUCAGGUCAGAACUUUUACAGCCAGGGUGUGUCUAGCUUAGACCACAGGGUGUACGUGUAAUACCGCACAUCCUAGUGAUCUGACAAUUGCUGGGUUUCUGAUUACAUUUGAUUUCCGUGAAAUAACAUUUCAUUUGUUACUGAAAAUUUGUCCUGCAUAUAAAAGAAUGCACUUUUUUUAUUGCGUAUAGUAGUCCCCACUAAACAAAACAGACCAUUUAAUCUUUGAGCAUCCAUUCCUUCCCACCCCUAUAAUAUAGCGCAGCAUAAUAUGUAGGAAAUAAAAAUGUACAUGGAGUCUUUGAUAUGCAAGUAUAAAGGUAGAAAUUUCAGGUUUCUUUUUUGCUCAUUUAAUGAACAUAUGCAUAGAAUCCUGUAAAUGAUUAGGUACCUAUGUAUGCAUAUAAACGUUUACAUAUUUUUUGUCAGGUAACAGUCUGUCUCAUGUGAAAAACUCUAUACAGGCAUGGCCAAAAAUAUUGGCACCCCUGCAAUUCUGUCAGAUAAUGCACCACUU